UUCAAAAAUUCUACUAACUUCAUUUUCCAGUUAUCUUACAGUUUUUUUAAAUUAGUAAGUGACGGACAUCACUACGUGUCUAUAAAAUAAUCAUUCAUGUCAUUUUACUGUCAAUUUUGACAUUAUGGUGCAAAAUGGCGUCCCGACCACAGUCUGCUCCCGCGCAAAAGCGCAACCUGCGAUUAGAACGCAUAAAGAAGAUUCUGGCUCUAGUCCCACCACGAGAAGCUUCCUCUAGCGAUAGUAGCAUAUCGGAUGAUGAUCAAGAAAACAUAUUAGUUGAUGACACAGAAUACAGCUCUGAUCCCCGGUCCCUAGAUUCUUCAUUUGAGCGCAUGAAUAUUUUAGACAAUUCAUUUGAGGAUAUUUUAUCCGAAGAUGUGAUACCACCUACCCCAGUUAUAUCUGAAGUACUUGCAACGCACAACCCACCACAACAUUUACCUGCACUUCAAUCAAUAUCAUCUAUUAUAUCCUUGUCACCGAGCCCAAUAGCUUCUGCCGUACCCAAGAUAACCCGUUCGAAAAAAAGGUUAACUACUUUACCGAAAUUAGUGACAAAGAAAAAGAAACCAUUUGUCAGAAAAUCGUUGCAUUUUAAAUGGGAAAGGGGUAAAUUUAAACACAGUGCAAUACUGGAUGAAAUAACCUUCACACAAUUUGGUUCCGAAUCAAAAUCACCAUUAGAUUACUUCUUUGAUUUUUUUAGUGCAGAUAUCAUAGAUAUAAUUAUUCAAAAUACGAAUUUAUACGCAGUACAGCGGAAUCUGAAAUCGGUAAAUAUCACUCGCGAAGAAUUGUUGGAUUUUAUAGCAAUAAAUCUUUUAAUGGGUGUUGUUAAGAUGCCCGCUUAUCGAGACUACUGGAAGAAGGAUCUACGUUACAGCCUGGUUGCUGAUGUUAUGAGUUUGAAGCGAUACGAACAAAUUCGUCAAUUUUUACAUUUUGUCGACAACUCUCAGCAAAAUGAAGAUCGUUAUUUCAAAAUUCGGCCUAUUUUAGAAGGUGUACGUCGAAAUUGUCUCAAAAUAGAAGAGGAACAUCGCUAUAGUAUCGACGAAAUGAUGGUGCCGUAUAAGGGCACAAGAGCUGGCAACAGGCGCCAAUAUGUGGCAAAUAAACCUAAGAAGUGGGGUUUUAAGAUUUUCGUCAGGGCUGGAGUAUCGGGCUGCGUUUACGAUUUAAUUCCCUACGGCGGUGAAGAUACAUUUAGAUUCCAUUCCUUUACUGAAUAUGAGAAUUCAUUAGGAGUUGGCGCCAAAGUCGUAAUAGCCCUUUGUCAAACUAUUCGACAUAAACCAGCGGUCGUAUUCUUUGACAACUUCUUUACAUCGCUCGAGUUGAUUCAUUUGUUGCGCCAUGAAUAUGGGAUUUUUUCUUUGGGCACUAUCAGAGCCAACCGUUUAAGAGGAUGCCAAGAAAAACUGCCUAGUGAUAAAGAAAUGUUAAAAACAGGCCGAGGUUCCAGCAAACAAGUAGUUUGCAAUGAAAAUAAACUAAGUCUCGUGAAAUGGCAUGACAACAAGUCCGUUUUGUUAGCAAGUUCGUAUGUGGAUUCGUACCCUAUGGAGACCAUAAAGCGGUUCGCGAAAGAAGCAAAGGCUAAGGUAAAUGUAACUUGCCCCCAAAUAGUUAAACAUUACAAUACACAUAUGGGGGGCGUUGAUUUGUGCGAUAUGUUAGUAUCACUGUAUCGCACUAAUUAUAAGACUAAGAGGUGGUACAUGGCGUUGUUUUCACAACUAUUAGACAUCUGUGUAAAUAAUGCAUGGAUUAUGUAUAGAAAAGAUUGUAUGCAUUAUAAUAAAGUGCCUAACACGUUAAAAAUAUUUCGUGUUAUGAUAUAUUACGAACUGCUCUCAAAACAACGACCCAAUGCUGCUCCGAGUACAUCUCAAGAAAAAACUCUCAACACAAAAAUUAAUAAAAUUCAAAAGCCAUCUGGGCCGAGACCUACCGACGCUAUUCGUCGUGACAACGUGGGGCAUAUGCCUGACUUUAUAACAGCGCCUGGUAGAUGCAAAUUUUGUAAAAAAGGCAUGACCAACGUCAUUUGUUCCAAGUGCAAUUUGCGACUGUGUUUCGUAAAGAAACGUAAUUGUUUUAAAUUGUUUCACGAACAUUGAAAGUUGCAUCAAACAAUGUAGUCCUUAAUUUGUCAACUACUUUUUUACCUUUUAAUUCAUUUUUGUAAGCAUUUAAAUAAAUUUUUACUACCAGUAAGCAGUUUUUUUAAUACUCCG